AUGGACACUCAGGUCCAAAAAUUAGUCGACAAAGCAUGGGACAGGUAUCAGCAACUGGUUCCUGGACAGAGGCUUUGUAAAACAACACUCUCACAAGUCGUCUCUAAAGGACUCAACGAAUAUGCCGCCAAGACCUCGCCCAGCACCCCUCCGCCAGCAACAUACGUUCCCAUGGACGGCUUCCAUUUCACCCGGGACGCGCUCUCCGCCAUGCCGAAUCCCGCCAAUGCUCACGCCCGCCGCGGCGCAGCAUUCACCUUUGACGCAGCCAAAUUCCUCACCUUGAUCCAAAAGCUUCGGGAACCGAUAUCGGAGCAACCCAUUCUUGCACCAUCGUUUGAUCAUGCCAUUAAAGAUCCCAAGGAGGACGAUAUAACCGUAUUGCCAACGCAUAAGAUGGUCAUCUUGGAAGGCAACUAUCUCGCGUUGGAUAAGGACGUCUGGCGGGACGCCGCUGCCUUAUUUGAUGAGCUGUGGUUUGUAGAAGUGGAGUUCGAAGUGGCGAGGAAGAGAUUAAGGGAGCGACACGUCCGAGCGGGGAUAGUCAAAACGAUAGAAGAGGGGGACAAGAGAGCUGUCGAGAAUGAUCUCGUGAACGGAGCAGAAAUUAUGGCACAGCGGCUGGGGGUAGACGAGGUUGUGCGGAGCGAGGAGGACGGAUCAUGGGUUCAUGACUGA